UCUCUCUCUGUCUCUCUCUCCCUGUUCCUCAACAAUGGCUACAUGGGUCUUGUCCCAAUGUGGCCUCAAACCCCUCCCCCAAACCAUCCCCAGAUCGCAACUCCAGAGGACAACCGCGAAAAAUGACAACUUUUUCCCAUCAAAGCAUGCCCGUCUCGCAGAUCUGAAGCUCCGUCCAACCGGGCCACCGCGCGGGCGUCUCUUGCCGACCCGGGUGAGCGCCCCGUUACGGGUCUCCCCGAUCGACGAAGAAGACGACGAAGGAGAGAAGGGAACAUGGAACGGGGUCGUCAAUGAGGAAGGAGGAAGAGGAAGAGAGGGGUUGUUCGACCCCGGGGCCGCCCCGCCGUUCAAGCUGGCGGACGUGAGGGCAGCGAUACCGAAGCACUGCUGGGUGAAGGACCCGUGGAGGUCGAUGAGCUACGUCCUGCGGGACGUCGCCGUCGUCCUCGGGCUCGCCUGCGGGGCGGCGUAUUUGAACAGCUGGGUCGUUUGGCCUCUCUACUGGGCCGCCCAGGGCACCAUGUUCUGGGCCCUCUUCGUUCUCGGCCACGAUUGCGGGCACGGGAGCUUCUCGAACGAUCCCAAGCUGAACAGUGUGGUGGGGCAUCUGCUUCAUUCCUCCAUUCUCGUGCCUUACCAUGGAUGGAGAAUCAGCCACAGAACUCAUCACCAGAAUCAUGGGCACGUCGAGAACGACGAGUCGUGGCAUCCGUUAUCAGAGAGAAUCUACAAGAGCUUGGACACCAUUACAAGGAGCCUCCGCUUCACAGUCCCUUUUCCCAUGCUUGCCUACCCCUUCUAUCUCUGGAGCAGAAGUCCAGGAAAAAGAGGGUCUCACUUCCACCCAGAGAGCGACCUGUUCGUGGCGAGCGAGAGGAAAGAUGUGAUCACAUCCACAGCGUGUUGGACGGCCAUGGUGGGCUUGCUUGUGGGGCUGUCCUUCGUGAUGGGUCCUCUCCAGUUGCUCAAGCUCUAUGGCAUCCCUUAUUGGAUUUUCGUGAUGUGGCUGGACUUUGUGACUUACCUGCAUCACCAUGGUCAUGAAGACAAGCUGCCUUGGUACAGGGGAAAGGAGUGGAGCUACUUAAGAGGCGGGCUCACCACGCUUGAUCGCGACUACGGGUGGAUCAACAACAUUCACCACGAUAUCGGAACUCACGUCAUACACCAUCUUUUCCCUCAGAUCCCUCACUAUCACUUGAUUGAAGCUACGGAAGCGGCUAGGCCGGUGCUCGGGAACUAUUACCGGGAGCCAAAGAAGUCGGCCCCAUUGCCCUUCCAUUUGAUCGGGACGUUAAUCCAAAGCUUGAAGAGAGAUCACUAUGUCAGCGACACUGGGGAGGUUGUCUACUACCAAACUGACCCUAACCUUGGCGGCGGCAGCGGCGGCGGCGGCUCUCCCAGUUCUGAUGCUAAGUGAGAAAGCGAACAGACGCCAAACUGGGAGUUUCAAACUUCAAUCACUGUUGAAGCCUAGCUCUUGACACUUUGAUGAAGCAUUCGUAUCAGAUACAUCUCACACGUUCCACUUGGUUGAAGAAGCUGCAGAGCAAGCCACUAACCGAUGAGGGAGAGAGAUCAUGAUAUAUAUAUUGAACACUUAACUUUGUGAUCUAGCUUGUGUUUUGUACUAUGUAAAGCAAGAAGCUGUAAAUGUACUUUUAAAGAGGAACGAAUUCUGUGUCUUCAUCCUCAUUUAUGCUGUGUCAAGAAUGUCUAGGAAUGACAGCUGAUGAAGAUAAUUUUC